CCCGGCGUGCAGUGCGGGCCGCCCCCGGGGGAUGCCGGGUAGUGUAGUACGCUCCGUCCUGUGUGACUACAGCUCCCGUCAGGCUCAGAGCGGCCGCCGCGUCUCCGGGCUGUAGUAGUAGAACGCGCCGCGGGUGUGAGGCGGGGGCCGGGUGUGAGCCGGGACAGGGCCGGGGCCGCCAUGCUGAAGUGCAUCCCCCUGUGGCGCUGUAACCGGCAUGUGGAGUCUGUGGAUAAGCGGCACUGCUCCCUGCAGACCGUGCCCGAGGAGGUGUACCGCUACAGCCGCAGCCUGGAGGAGCUGCUCCUGGACUCCAACCAGCUGCGGGAGCUGCCCAAGCCUUUCUUCCGGCUGCUGAAUCUGAGGAAAUUGGGCCUGGGCGAUAAUGAGAUCCAGCGGCUUCCCCCAGAGGUGGCCAAUUUCAUGCAGCUGGUGGAGCUCGACAUCUCCCGCAACGACAUUCCUGAAAUUCCAGAAAGCAUCAAGUUCUGUAAAUCAUUAGAGAUUGCAGAUUUCAGCGGGAACCCUCUGUCCAGGCUGCCCGACGGAUUUACCCAGCUCCGCAGCCUGGCACACCUGGCUCUCAACGAUGUGUCCUUACAGUCACUGCCCGGUGACAUUGGCAAUUUGGCAAACUUGGUCACGUUGGAGCUGCGAGAAAACCUGCUGAAAUCUGUGCCUCCGUCACUGUCAUUCCUGGUGAAGUUGGAACAUUUGGACCUAGGUAGCAACGACUUGCAGGUUCUGCCGGACACGCUUGGGGCGCUACCCAACCUCCGGGAGCUGUGGCUGGACAGGAACCAGCUCUCUGCGCUUCCCCCGGAAUUGGGUAACCUCCGCCGCUUGGUGUGCCUGGACGUAUCGGAGAACAAGCUGGAGCAUCUGCCCACGGAGAUCAGUGGCCUGGUGUCUCUGACAGACCUGCUGCUGUCGCAGAACUUGCUGAUCAGCUUACCAGCGGGCAUCGGGCAGCUGAAGCAGUUGUCCAUCCUGAAGGUCGAUCAGAACCGUCUGACCCAGUUGACCGAGUCUAUCGGAGACUGUGAAAACCUGAAUGAGAUUAUCCUGACCGAGAACCUGCUAACGCUACUGCCCAAAUCCAUGGGGAAUCUGACCAAACUGACCAAUCUGAAUGUGGACCGGAACCGGCUGCUGUCUCUGCCCAGUGAGAUCGGAGGCUGCGCCAGCCUCAACAUGCUGUGCCUGCGGGAUAACCAGCUGAGCGCCCUCCCGCCGGAGCUGGCUAAUGCCGCGGAGCUCCAUGUGCUGGAUGUCGCCGGUAACAGACUUCUGAACCUGCCCUUUGCUCUGACAAACCUGAACCUGAAGGCUCUGUGGUUGGCGGAGAACCAGUCCCAGCCUAUGCUGAAAUUCCAGACUGAAGACGAUGAAAAGACCGGAACCAAAGUGCUGACCUGUUACCUCCUGCCCCAGCAGCCGUCUCCCAGCAUCGAGAGCUCACUCCAGGACAGCCUGGAUGAUGGCUGGAUAGACGGGAACCUCAACCGUGUCAGUGUCAUUCACUUCCAGGAGGAGCUGCGGCCGGAAGAAGAGGAUGAUGAGGCUGCAGCGGAGAGGAGGCACACGGUACAUUUUGCUGAGGAGACUUUGGUGCACUGCGAUGAUGAUGAGGAGGACGAGUAUGAUGAAGAUCGGGGGUCUCCAGAGAAGAAACGGUUGAUCCGUAAAGAUACACCACACUACAAGAAGCACUCCAAGAUUACAAAGCUGCCAAACACCGAGGCGGUGGUGGCUCUACUCCAGGGACAGAGCCCCUGCGGGCUCAUAGAGGAUGGAGAGGGACCAGCUUUCUUCAGGUGUUCACAGCAGGCCGCAGAGGACGAGGCCUCUGGGAAAGAUCAGGACUGGGAACUGGAAGCAACCAAGGAUGAGGAGAGGCACAACUCCCAGCAGAAUGCAAAGGGGGUGUCGUUUGAUCAAGUGAAUAAUCUUCUGAUUGAGCCUGCUCGGAUAGAGGAGGAAGAGCUCACACUCACCAUCUUGCGUCAGACCGGGGGCCUGGGGAUCAGCAUUGCUGGGGGCAAAGGGUCCACCCCGUACAAGGGAGAUGAUGAGGGCAUCUUCAUAUCCCGUGUGGCCGAGGAGGGUCCUGCAGCUCGUGCUGGGGUGCGAGUGGGUGAUAAACUCCUGGAGGUGAACGGCGUUGAUUUGCAUAAUGCAGAACAUCACACGGCGGUGGAAGCGCUGCGGAGCUCCGGGACCUCCGUCUCUAUGACUGUGUUGCGGGAGCGGAUGGUGGAGCCUGAAAACCCCAUCACCGUGACACCUUUGCGCCCUGAGGAUGAUUACAACCCACGGGAGAAACGCGUGGUCAUCCAGUACCCCGAGGAGGAAGAGGAGUCUUUGCACAGCCCUGAACAACGGAUCACUGCCUGCUUGAUGCGUAACGAUAAGGGACUGGGGUUCAGCAUCGCGGGCGGCGUUGGCAGCACCCCUUACCGGGUAGGAGACACUGGUAUAUUCAUCUCACGGAUAGCAGAAGGGGGAGCUGCGCAUCGAGACGGAACACUUAGGGUUGGAGACCGGGUCUUGUCUAUCAAUGGGGUAGACAUGACAGAAGCCAGGCAUGAUCAGGCAGUAGCCCUGCUUACCAGCACCUCCCCCACCAUUACUCUGCUGGUGAAGAGAGAGCCGCCCCAAGCAGGGGCCGGGACAGACCCAAGAUCCUCUCCGUCAUUGCACAGAGCUCGUCCGCGCUCGCCGCCGCCUCCCGCGGAGAGUGAGAAUGGCGAAGCCGAAGAGGAGUCGGGAUCUCUGAGGAACCACUGUAGCCAGAGAAUGGAGGACGAGUAUCCCGUUGAGGAGAUCUGUCUGGUGAAGGCUGGGGGCCCCCUAGGGCUCAGUAUAGUGGGCGGCAGUGACCACUCCAGUCACCCAUUCGGAGUAAGUGAACCUGGAGUUUUCAUCUCGAAGGUGAUCCCCCGCGGGGUGGCUGCGCGCAGUGGGCUCAGGGUCGGAGACCGGAUUUUAGAGGCGGCUGGAGUGGAUCUGAGACAUGCCACUCACCAGGACGCUGUGAAAGCUCUGCUGUGCCCUGCCCAGGAACUCCGCUUGCUGGUGAGGAGAGACCCUCCUCCUCUGGGCAUGCAGGAAAUCUGCAUUGUGAAGACUCUCGGAGAGAAACUGGGCAUCAGUAUUCGUGGUGGAGCCAAGGGCCACCCAGGGAACCCUCUAGAUCCCACUGAUGAGGGGGUUUUUAUCUCCAAGGUCAGCUCCUCUGGGGCGGCCGCCCGUGACGGCAGGCUGAGAGUCGGCAUGCGGAUCCUGGAGGUGAAUCAGCAGAGUUUGCUGGGCAUGACGCACACGGAGGCGGUGCAGGCUUUGCGCGGGGUGGGUGACACCCUCCUCAUCCUGGUGUGCGAUGGAUUUGACCCCACGUCCUCUGCUUCCAUAGAGGCCUCUCCUGGUGUGAUCGCCAAUCCCUUUGCUGCUGGCCUCGGGAGGAAGAACAGUAUGGAGAGCAUCUCCUCCAUAGACCGAGAUAUGAGCCCGGAGGAGACGGAGCGACUGCAGAAGGAGAUAGAGAUGGUUCGAGAGGUGAAGUGGGAGAAGGAGGACAUGGAGAAAGUGGAGAAAAUGCGUAGAGAACGGGAGGAGGCUACCAGGCUCCUCGAAGAAGAGACCAAGGGCCAGGAUAUGAUACUACUGCUGCUACUUACUGAGCCCCUGAAGCUGGACUACAAGACCCUGGCAGCUUUACCCAGCAGCGGCCUCCCCAAAGGGAACAGACUCCCUCUGGGAAUGGAUUCGGCCUACUCACCCAUCCCAGUGCCAGUGGCCCUUGUCCAUCCUGUCCCCACGGUUAUAGCCAAUGGCCCAACUUGCCUCCCUGCCCUUACGGUUGCCUCACCGCUCCCAGCUGUUCCGACCUCCCCUGUGCCUAGGGAGGCUGGAACCCCCACGGGUGACCUGGAGUCAGAGGAGCCGCUCGUGGACUGCCAGUCCCUACUUUUCAGUGAAAACCCAUUCGUGUUGGCCAACAAGAAGCGUGCAGGGCCCGGCAGCGCCACGCUUGGGGGUCCGCCCACAGGAUACGGCAAGUCGGGGGUACUGAAGACCACUGUGUACUCCAAGAAGACGCCGUCCGGGGACUUCACAACUGGAAGCAAACGGGAAGCCCCCUGUUCUCCCUGCUCCCCGACUACACAGCAGGCGGUCCCACCUCCAUCCUGUCACCUUGCUGGCAGGGAGACACGAUUUGCCUCUAUAAACUUUUUGAGCCACGGUGACAGCCGACCGCCCUCCUCUUCUUCCCCUAACGAUGGGCUCCUUGCAAACACCAGACAAGCCUAUAAAACGCUUUCCGCUGUCCCCUCUGCACACCCUGCCGCUGAGCGCCAGGAACCUGCAUCGCCCAGAACCCCCGACCGACCUUGCACCACCCCGGAGGGCCUGGACAGUCCUGAGCAGCGAUCGUUCCGCGAGAGGCAAAAAUACUUUGAGAUGGACAUGAAGCAGCAGCAAGCGGAGCGUCCGCCGAAACGCGUCUCCCUGGUGGGGGAGGACGAUCUCAGGAAGAUGAAGGAGGAGGAGUACCGAAAGAUUCAGAUGAAGCGGGAACAGCUCUUGCGGGAAGAGGAUGAGGUGAUUCCAGAAGACUACAGUCCGAGGACGGCGGGCCCCAGCACCCCUAGCAACGUAUUCACGGAAGGUGUGGAUGGUGGGAGCCUGUCCUCGCUCCCCGGGUUAUCACCAUCAGAGUCUCAGAGAAAUUCACUGGAAGAAGCUUUCAGGGUGGAGCAGAGACCUAACUCCAUGACUGGACUGAGUCCUGUUUACCCUGGUGGCACAGAUGGGGUGGCCCCGGUGCGUACUGCCAAAGCAGAGCGUCGUCUUCAGGAGCGACUAAGGGUGCAGAGCCCUGAGCUUACGGAGCAAGAGAUGCAGCUGUCCCCUGCAGAGCGCAGAGCAUUACAAGCUGAAAAGAGAGCCAUGUGGAGAGCUGCAAGCACUCUGGAGGACAGUAUUAAGCAGUAUGAGCAGUCUCUGGCAAAGAAGCUAUACCAGGCUCGGCAGCAAAGACCCCGAACGCCGGAGGACGGCAGCAGGAUGAAGUCCCUGGAGCAGGACGCAUUGAAAGCCCAGGUAGUAAUCGCUCGCUCCAAGGAAGGACGGAAGCGGACCACGUUGGAGCAGCUGGCAGAAUCGCCCUCCCCAGCUCCUACCCCGUCACCCACUCCGUUGGAAGAUUACAGCCCUCGCCUCCUAACAUCUCCCGGAAGAUUGUCUCUCUCAGACAAGAAGUUUGACUACAGAGAGUUUGCUGCUAUCCCGUCUUCCAAACCCGUGUAUGAGAUCCAGUCCCCUGACACGUCGCUGGGCCUGAGAUACACAGAUGAUGGCAGAACAUCAGCACCGUGUGGCGUGGAGGAAGCAGAGCAGCCGCAGGAAGCGUUAGAGGAUGAGGAGGAGGAACGCGGUGAUGCCAGCCCUGCCCCUACAUCCAACACAUCAGCACUGGAGGAAAUGGCCACUUACAGCAGCAAACGGAAACUUCGGCACACUCGGCGCAGCCUGGAGACCGCCGUACCCACCUAAAUCUCAUUGUGGCACUCAGCCAGCACUGUGAAUACUCCCUACACACAGACUGCGCAUAGAGGAGGGGGGAGCGGGCUAACGCACUGUCCCCCCUUCCCGACCUGGGCUGAGCCAAGCCAGGCAUUGGUCGCCCAAUCAGAGACACUGUGAGGCGAGCUGCCGCCUGUGGAUUUCCUGCUCGGUGGUGGAGGGACGCGUACUAAUUAGGGGUGCCUAUUGCUUUUCACUCUGACUACGGGCGGCGGUUUGGCAGGUGCCAGUGGACGGCCAACACUGAGAGCGACCGGUAGUUAGCCAGCUGUUUAUUAUUGACCGGAGCAAUAGGAAACCAGCAGUUUCUAAUGAAGUUUAAGUAGUACUGAAUGGUGCACGUUGGGCCUUCUUAGUGACUCUUGUCCUUGGGUCAUCAUUACGUUAGCUGACCCAAUCUGGGGUGGGGGUGGGGGACUGGGGUCACACACAUGACUAUUAAGAAAACCGUUUUUUAGUAUGUACUGUAUAACCUGCUUAUCACAACUACCAGAGGGGGGCAGCACUGGGAUUUCUCAGUGGAACAAUGCAGGCGCUGCUGGGAGGGAAAUGGCGGUGGGCUCUCGUCUUCGUUUUUUAUAGGCAGUUAUUUCUAGUAGGUUUCUGAUGGCUCGUUCCUAUAUUCCAUGUACAAUGCCCCAUUUUAUGUCUAGUACCUGAUUUUAGCUGGCGACUGCCUCCUCCCCGCCCAUGUAGCUUUUAGGCGAGUCUUCCAGCGACCUCCUUUUUAAUCACUAUUGAAUAGAUGCCCCGAGGGCAGAGAGCGUUUUUAUAAUGGACUUGUGUGCGGAGUGCCCGGUGGUUUGUGAGCGAGCGUUGGUGAGCGUGAGCGAGCGGGUGUAAGAGGGGAGAAAGGUGUGAGGCGGUUGUGUGUAUAUUUAUGGAUGACUGAGUAUAUUUAUAGUGUGUGCGUGACGGCGGAGUGCUUGUUUGUGGUGACUCGGGGGAGCGUGUGUUGGGUCCUCUGAUGAUACUGCCUUCCCAGACUUCCUCGGGGUCUUGUGUUGAUCCUGAGGAGGUCAGCUGAGAACGUUCUCCCUUGUAUUGCUGCCAGGCUCAGGUCCUCCUGUACCACACAGGGCUGGGAGAACAUUGAAGCCAGUGGCUGCCCAGUCUGUGCCGGACGUUUACUGAGGAGGACCUACCUGGAGCUAAUUCUGUCCUCGACCUCAUGCUGAUUAAGGUCAUCCUGUUCCCUGUGGGUUCUCAAUACCGUUCAUGAACUGGCGUUUUACUGUCCUGGCACGUUUCUGGUUGUGAUGGUAGGUGAUUCUGAGGGCUGGUUGGCUGCCUAAUCGUUCAUUCUUAUCAUGGUUCAUAUUGCUAAGAGGGAAAUAAUGAUGAUGAUGAUGAUGGAGACGGCGUUUGGAGGGGUGUAAUUCUCCCCUGAAGUUUGGCUUGCUGACUACUGUCACAUCAAGCUAGCAAAGUCGCCAAACUGCGGUCUUACAAAGUUAGGAUUUAAUUGGAUACCGGCGUUUGAGAACCCACCAACUCUGUGAUAGAUUGUGUCCGUUCCCUCCAAAACUCUGGAGAAGGGAGUCUCCCUGACCUUGGCUGCUUCCUGCACCCAUUCAGAAUAGCCUUAACUUCCACGUAAGACUGAGAAAUAUUAAUUCAUAUCAAGGAAGAGCCACUAGGGGGUGCUACUGUGUCAUAACACGUGUGUCCGUCAAUGCCUCUUAUUAUAUCUGAUCUCAUCUCGCAAACAUAUCAUGUUUUAAUCAAAUCCUUUGUUUUAAGGGGGAAUUUUUAUUUUAUUAUGAGGUCAAAGUAAAAAAAAAAAAAGUUUUAUUGUUUGUGUUUUUUUGUUUGUUUUUUAAAAAUAAUUUUUACAUUUUAUAACUUGUCGAGUCCUUCAGUCAGGCCCCGGCCUAGAGGAGCUGGGUUCCUAAACCUUCUUGACCAUGAUUGAGGGGUUACCCCGCCACUAUCACAGCGCGUUCCCCGUUCUAUGCCGGGAGUGGCCGGACAGAGCAGAGGACGACCCUCAGCCCAGUAUAUUGGAAAUAGUGACUAUUUAAAGGGCGAGUCCAUUGUUUACCUGUCACAGUGAAGCACGGAGUGCGCGCCGCACUCUCAUAGCCGUACUGCGUGCGGGAGGGAGAAUCUACGUCUGUCAUCGGCUGUUUUCCAGGUCUGGGCCGUGCAUUCCCCGUCCCCCACGAAUCUGUCUUUCUGAAGGGAGAGCGAGAGAUUGCAUCGCUGUUAUCAACUGCUUUAAUAUUGUAUCAAAUCAAAUCGUGCAAAUUCCGUUUUCAUUUUAUUUUGUUCCCAAUAAGUCGAUUAUGAAAGGAAAUUUGUCAGUAUUCAUUUUAGGAUGCAACAGUAUAAGACGUAGGAUUGUCACUUGUUUGGAACCAGAUCUAAACGGCAGGAGCAGAGACCCUGCAGGCAAUGGUGGUACUCCCGCAACGGAGAACACGGUGGCAGGUUAUGUAGUGUAGUCUAUAGAAGUCAUUGCUAAUACUGAGAUGGGCUGGAGACUCAGAAUACACACUGUGGCGUCUGGGAAUUACGAGGCAACCCAACUGCGUGCCCAGCAUCACUGUUCCGUUGCCCGUCUGCCACUGCUCCUGCGUGUGGUGCCUUAUUGUAGCCAUGGACCAGGCGUGUGAAUGAGGGAGGGGGUUUGAUAUAACAUUGACGUUGCUUCUCCCCACCCUGAGGGCUUUUUCUAUGAAUUAUUUCCUAGCGCUCUCAGGAGAAGGGUUUUGGGGUCCUCUCUCCACUUCCCCUUGAGCACUAAACAUUUGGUGGAGUUGUGUAAACCCCCCGAAGGCUGUAACUAGUGAUAUUUGUACAACCAAAGAACUUUAUUUUGUGGCUCACAAACAAUAAAGUUUACUUUACAUUA